AGCCCAUGCGGCAGCUCAGGGCCCUGCUUCCUGGCUGGGCUGCUCCCAGGCUCCUGCAGCUCCCCGGGGCCCGCAGCUCCCCUGGCACCGCUCUGGAGGCGGUUCUGUCGUGAGGUGUCUCACCAGAGGCGGCUUUUGUGGUAUCGCCUUCCCCCCGGUGCACGGGCAGAUCUCUGCCAAGUCCAGAAGCCCUCGCCCACCUCUGUCUUCACCAUGGCCGCAAGAACCAUUAUCAUCGACCAUGGGUCUGGCUUUCUGAAGGCUGGCUUUUCUGGGUGGAAUGAGCCCCAGAUGGUCUUCCCGAGCAUCGUGAACUAUAUCCCGUGCAGAGAAAACCCUGGGCCCAGCUAUGCCCAAAGGCGCGUGAGUCUGGGUAUUGACAUUUGCCAUCCCGAUACCUUUAGCUACCCCAUCCAGCGUGGCCGCAUCCUCAACUGGGAGGGCGUGGAGCACAUCUGGUCGUUUGUGCUGGAGAGACACAGGCGGGAGCAUGAGGACUUCCCGGUGAUGGUCACAGAGUCCCCCAUGAGAGAGCCCAUAGACCGACAGAAGACACUGGAGAUUAUGUUUGAGCUGCUGGACGUGCCGUCCAUACUCCUGGCCGACCAGCUGGAGAUGUCCCUGUACGCCUCCGGCCUCCUGACGGGCGUGGUGGUUGAUUCGGGCUACGGCCUGACCCGCGUGCAGCCCUUCCACCUGGGCCGCCCCUUACGGUCCAGCCGCAAGACGCUGGAGUUCGCGGGCCAGGAUCUGUCGGCCUAUCUCUUCAGGAGCCUCUUUAAGGAGGAUUGCAAUCGCCACAACCUGUUUCAGCUGGAAACGGUGGCCACCACCCAGAUGAGCAAGUGCUACGUGCCGCAGAAUUUGGGGGAGGCGCUAGACUUCCGCCAGAGUCUGCCCAGCGGCUCGGAUGAGAACAACACCUACCAGCUCCCCGACGGCACCCCGGUGGAGCUGACCCCCAUGCAGCGGCUGGCCCCCGAGAUGUUCUUCAGCCCCCAGGUGUUUGACCUGCAGGGGCCCAGCAUCUCUCAGGUCGCGGUGGAUGCCAUCCUGGGCUGCGACGCCGCCUUGCACCCGCUGCUCACCUCCCACGUGAUGGCCUGCGGGGGCAACACCCUGUACCCCGGCUUCACCAAGCGCCUGUACAAGGAGCUGACCGCAGAUCACUUCUCCUCCGCCAAGGCCACCAUGUGGGUGGGUUCCAACAGAAACUUUAGCGUCUGGCUAGGAGCAUCUGUUGUGGCCCAUCUGUCUUCCUACAAGUCCGAGUGGAUGAGCAAAGAGGAGUACGAAGAGAGCCAGAGGCCGUGACCUGGUGGCGGCUCCUGGGACCCUGUCCCCAUCCCAGGGGCUCAGGUGGAUUAGUUUUCAGUGAUGGGGCUGGGCAGGCAGAGGUAGGGUUAGCUGGCUUUGGAAUUCUGAGGUCAUGAGGGGUGUUUUAGGUUCUAGGGUUUUAUCUUGUUUCAAGAGUAGGAUCCAGCCCAGAGGAGGACAGGGUGUCAUCCCUGGAAGUCCCUCAGGGACAGUUUCUCCAGGGGUGGCCUGUCAUUUGGAGGGGAGCAGUCAGUUAACAUCUCCGUAAUAGCCCCUGACUUUUCAUUGGCAUCUUCCUUGGGGCCGCCCUGUCCUCAGUUCGGUAGGUUUUAACCGGGGCGAGAGAGAUGGGACCUUCUGCUGGGGUCCCAGUUAUUUUUGACUAGUUGAUGAGGUGGGACGGGGAGAGAUGAAGUUUCUAGUUUUACGCAUUCACUCUGGUCAGGGAGGAAUUGCCACCGGUGAGCCCGAGGACCCUCCCUUCUGUGGCCAGGGUCUCAUUUUACAGAUGAAAAUAAACAACUUCUUUGGAA